CCCUCCCAUGACCCAACUCCCCCCUCCCCCAGCAGGCUACAGAGAUAGCGGCGAGGCGAGCAAUCCCGCACAAGGAUUCAAACCAAAACCCUAAACCAACUCCUCCCCCGCUCGCCGGCAUGGCCCCGAAGCGCCCGGCCGCCGCCGGCGCGCCGCCGGGGUCAGGCUCCGACGCCUCCGACCGCGAGGCGGGCGACGUCCGCUACACCCGCCGCCGCCGUCGCAACUCCCCCUCCCCGGUCCGUUCCCCCUCCCGCUUCCGCUCCCGCUCCCGGUCCCCGUCCCGAUCCCGCUCCAAGACACCUCCCCCCAACCUCCGCCCUAACGCCGCCGCGCUCUCCUCCACCCCAACCUCCGCGGGCGCCGACUUCGCGGCCGCAUCUGACUCCGACGCCGGCGGCCGCGCCUCGCCCCCAAGGCGCGGGGACCGCAAGGGUCCGCCCCGCGACCGCCUCGACUCCGAUGCGGACGCCGACGCCAGGUCCGGCGGCCGCGCCCCGUCCCCGAGGCGCCGCGGCGAGCGCUCCCCCAGCUUCCACUCCGACUCGGACGCCGACGCCGCCGGCCGCGUGCGGUCCCCGAGGCGCAACCGCGAGCGCACCCCCCGCCUCCGCUCCGACUCCGACUCCGACAACUCCUUGGCGCCCGCCGGAUCCGAGGACGAAGGCGCCGGCGACGCCUCGCCGUUGCCCCGCGCGCGUCGUUCCUCCCGCAUCGAGACCUCCAACAUCAAGCCCGUCAGCACGCGCCCGAUGGAGGUGCCCCGCCGCGCCUCCGCCGGUUCCUCCAGGCGCAGCUCCAAGCGCCGCCACAGCUCCCCGGAGCAGCAGAAGCGUCCACCCCGGGUCUGGAGCCCUGAAGACGAGAUCACCAUACUGUUUGCCCUCAUCGACUACCGUGCCAAGAAAGGCCGGCUCCCUGCGUCGAUUCAGGACACAGGCAAGGUACACAGCCAGAUUAGUGGCCAGCUCACUGCUAAUGCGUCCACUACCCAGCUUAGUGAUAAGAUUAGGCGCCUCAAGCAUAAGUACAAGUUGCUGGUGACCCGUGCAAAGAAUGGACGGGAUCCUGAUUUGCCAACGGAGCAUGAACGCGAUGUCUAUGAACUUAGCAAGAGAGUUUGGGGAUUUACGAGUGGCGGUGCAUUGGGAGGAUCUCGUGCAUACGAGGACGCUGGGGAUGCAGAGAGCAAUGAAGAGCAGGAGAUUGAAGAGAGUGAUGAGGAUAUGGAGAAUGGGUGGGAGGGCCAUGAACACACAAGCAAGAAACCAAAGGCAUCUAGAUUUGAAAAUGGCAAUGGUAAUGCACUUGCGGUUGUGGGAAGGGCUAGCCAUGGUAAUGGCAGUGGGAGAGAUGAUACUGAGAAGGGAAAACAAACGUACCCGUAUCUGUGGGAGGCUGUUGAGGAGCUAUCAAAGGAGCACCCGAGUGGGCCAGUGUUCAGAAAGGCAUUUGGUGUGCUUCAGAAGUCAAAGGCACGAGCAAUGGAGGAGAAGCUGCGGACGUUCAGAAUGUCUGAGAUCAGGCAGCAGCUGCGUCGGAUGGACCUGAUGAAGGAGACAGUGGAGAUGGUGCUUGAUGCUCUGGACGGUGCAUAUUGAUUAGGUUGAAAUUGAUAAACUGCUGGAUUCUGGAAUCAGUGGUUCGGUGAGUAUUUUGCUCAAAAGGGUGACUUAAGUCUUCCAGUUACCUGGAAGAGCUUUGGUCUAGUUUUAUGGAUAUAUGGUUCCGGCUGUAUCAGCUUUUGUGGCGAAGGACAUAAUACCCUUGAUCCCAACUAGACCUAGAUUGAGGAAUUAUGACUGCUUGUUAUCCUCCCUGAAAGGAUUAUGCUCUGUGCUCUGUGUUUAGGUCCUAACUUAAGCCUAUUUAUCAUGCUGUUGCUGCUAUGGUUCUGUUUAAUGUUAAUUACAUCUUUGGCUAUAUCCAUUUCAGUUUUCCCUUCUCAACUGCAUCUGUAAAUAUGAUCAUUGCAUUUCAUUGAGGUUGAAUCUAGCUUGACAUUUGUCAAA